ACCGCUCUCUCAUAUUUUCCUUCACCCUUUUUUUCCGAGUCCAAAAGAAGCAGCCAUGAAAAACGACGCAGAAAAUUCCAACUGCAGGCAAAGGGAUCCUCAGCUUUACGUUACUCAUAAAAAGGAAGAAGAAACAAUCAAAAAUUCUGAGCUUUGAAUUUGAGUUACAGGGCAGAGUUAAAUGAAUUCUCAGUCUAAUGGCCGCAGCCAGAGACCCAAAGGGAAGAGGGUAAAGCUGGCCAUUCAGAUUGUGUCGGUUUUGGCUGUUUGCUUGUGGUUGUUAUACCAAGCAAAGCAGUCUCGUGAUAAGGACUACAGUGGAAGUGUACAGAACGAGGUUAUUGAAAAACAUGGUUCUGGUAUUUUGGGGCGUAAAGCGAAUGCAGGUGGUUCAAUUCUUGUGGGAGAAAGCCUAAACGAUGAAGAUCGGGGUGGUGGAGUUGAUGUAUUGGAUGGAAAUGUUGAAGAGAAGCACAAAGUAAAUGAUGAUGGAGAUCUUGGGAGACCUGAAGGGAAAGAAAGUGAAAAGAAAGUGGAAUUGAUAUACAAAGAACUGAACAAUACUGACGAUAAUUCUGAUAUUGAACUCAAAGCUAAUAGUGAGGCAGUGGGACUGGACGAGAAUUCAUUGCAAGAAGGAAACUCCCAAGUAGGGUAUGAAGAUAAACAGGUGACAAUGUCUGAUCAGGACGGUGAGAAAGAUGCGAAGAAUACUAGUCACCAUGAAGUUGGAGAGGAUGAGGAGCAAAUAUCACAUGUUAAUCGUGAUGAGCAAGGACAUGAAAGGGACACACAGAAAGAGUCAGAGACAAAGGACCUCAGUUCUGACAACGAGUUUCUAGUUCAACCUACCGAAAGGAAGAAUGAUUCUCUUCAGGAUCACAAUUCAAUGGUAAAUGGUGUCCGUGGCUUUGAUGAUGAGAAUGGUGUUCCUGUGGACGGUAACGAUAUCAUAGAAUCAAGAGCGACUGAAUCAAGUGGUGAUGGUGAAAUUAGUUCACAUGAAGAAAUGUAUUCAACUUCAAACAGUGAAAGCACUCAAAGUGAAGAAGUUGUUGUUAGAGGAGAUAAUGCUGAUUUUGAAGCCAGAAGCAAAAUCUCGGUACAAGAUUCAGGUUCUAAGGCAGAAACAAACUCUGAAGCUAGUGUUCAGGUAGAUACCUCAAGGAUCAAUAAUGUGACUGGAACUAUACAGGGAGGCACUUCAGUUUCAGAUCUCUAAGUGAAACAGGAGAAUAUCCCAUACAUUACAACAUUAUAAUGUUAUCCACGAGAUGAUGAAAAAGUUCAAAGAUGGAAAGUGAGUUGAAGUAGUAAACUUUUCUUUAUCUUGAAUGAUUUUGUAUAGUCAAAUUUCAAAUAUAUUGUUAUGCAGGUUGUUGACAUACGUUGUAUUUGCUUAGAUAAUGAAAAAGGGCAGUCCUAAUAGUACCAGUUCUGAGUGCUAUUACAUA